GCGGACUCUAGGGCGAAACCCCAAUCCCCUCCCGAACCCGAGCGGCGACGAUGUCUGCCAUGGAGACGGACGGCCCCGACGCGCCGCCGCCCGCCCCCGCCCCCGCCCCCGCCGGCGAGGGCUCCUCCGCCGCCGGGCCCUCCUCCUCCCGCAAGUCCAACAAGCGCUUCGAGAUCAAGAAGUGGAACGCCGUCGCGCUCUGGGCAUGGGAUAUCGUCGUCGACAACUGCGCCAUCUGCCGCAACCACAUCAUGGAUCUAUGCAUCGAGUGCCAGGCGAACCAGGCCAGCGCCACCAGCGAGGAGUGCACUGUCGCCUGGGGUGUCUGUAAUCAUGCUUUUCACUUCCACUGCAUCAGCAGGUGGCUCAAGACUCGUCAAGUGUGCCCAUUAGACAACAGCGAAUGGGAGUUCCAGAAAUAUGGCCACUAGACACCUCCUCUGCUGCUGGGUGGCUUGUUUCUUGCCUGCUGCUGUACCGGGAACGUGGGCCUGUCAUAUAUCAAGCAUCUCUAUCUUUAGCUACUUUAGAACAUUUGCAUCCAGCUUUAUCCUUACCAAUGUUCUUGCUUGAUGAUUUUGUAUAAAAGAUCUGUGUAUUCACACAGUUAAUGCUAUCGUGUUGAGGGAUUUCUCCUUUUGCCCGUGCUGUGGUACCAUUUCUGAAGUCGGUGCUUUUGGAUACAUA